UGACGAUCUUUUAAAUUCCUGUUUCCCCGCAGCGCAGUUUGUCAGCGUGAAUUGUGUGCGGGUCCGCUCUUCGUACGCAUGUCUGUCCUUUUUUUUUUGACACAGAGCGACUUUACUGGUUGAGCCCUCCGAGCGACGCUUUGCUCUUUUCAUCAUGUUGUAGUUUGGAGUUCGUUUGUUUGACUAUUAUUUUUCCCCCCUCCCGAAGCCUUUGAGAGAAAAGAGGCACUCCUGCAAGAGAAAGCAGCACCAGGGAAAAAUGCAGCAUUGGGCCAAAGCUCUAGUGUUUUAUCUGCACUGAUUUGGACUGCCUCAGGGCUGCAGGAACACAAUAGCAUUGAGCCUCCGUUGCCUCCGAGAGGCUGCUAGGAGAGAGAAGAAACACGGAGGAUCGCGCUACAACGCUGCAGGUCCGGGAUCGACACCAAACUAGAGUCCUCGACUGUCAGGGUCUCACCCUAAAGCCUGGGGAGCCAUGUCAUCUACAAAAUUCAAGAAGGAUAAGGAGAUCAUAGCAGAGUAUGAGACCCAAGUGAAAGAGAUCCGUAACCAACUGGUGGAGCAGUUUAAAUGCCUGGAGCAGCAGUCCGAAUCUCGUAUUCAACUGUUGCAGGACCUGCAGGAAUUCUUCCGCCGCAAAGCUGAGAUUGAACUAGAAUACUCCCGAAGCUUGGAGAAACUGGCUGAGAGGUUCUCCUCCAAGAUCCGCAGCUCUAGAGAACACCAACAGUUUAAGAAAGACCAGCAUUUGUUGUCCUCAGUAAACUGCUGGUAUCUAGUUCUGAACCAGACGCGACGCGAGAGCCGAGACCAUGCGACCCUCAGUGACAUCUACACCAACAAUGUUAUUGUGCGCUUGGCGCAGAUCAGUGAGGAUGUCAUCCGCCUCUUCAAGAAGAGCAAGGACAUUGGGAUCCAGAUGCACGAGGAGCUGGUGAAGGUGACAAAUGAACUCUACACUGUGAUGAAGACAUACCACAUGUACCACACUGAGAGCAUCAGUGCUGAGAGCAAGCUGAAAGAUGCAGAAAAGCAGGAGGAGAAGCAGUUCAGCAAGUCUGGAGAUCUCAACGUCAACCUCCUUCGUCACGAAGACCGCCAACCGAGACGCAGCUUUGUCAGGAAAAUUGAGAAGAUGAAAGAGAAGAGGCAAGCCAAGUAUUCAGAGAAUAAGCUGAAAUGCACAAAAGCCCGGAAUGACUAUUUGUUGAACCUGGCAGCAACCAAUGCAGUGGUGGCAAAAUAUUACAUCCACGACGUCUCUGAUAUGAUUGAUUGCUGUGACCUAGGCUACCAUGCAAGUUUGGCUCGCACCUUCAGGACCUACUUGUCCGCAGAGUACAACCUGGAGACAUCACGCCACGAGGGACUGGAUAUCAUUGAGAAUGCAGUGGACAACCUGGACUCCCGCAGUGACAAGCACAAGAUCAUGGAUAUGCAUAACCAGGUGUUCUGUCCUCCGAUGCGCUUUGAAUACCUGCCACACAUGGGAGAUGAGGUUUGCCAGGUCAGCGCCCAGCAGCCGGUCCAGACUGAACUCCUGAUGCGCUACCACCAACUUCAGUCUCGUUUAGCAACACUAAAGAUCGAGAAUGAGGAGGUGAGGAAGACUUUGGAUGCCACCAUGCAAACACUGCAGGACAUGCUGACAGUAGAAGACUUUGAUGUGUCGGAUGCUUUUCAGCACAGCCGCUCCACUGAAUCCAUCAAGUCUGUGGCCUCCGAGUCGUACAUGAGCAAGCUCAAUGUAGCCAAGAGGAGGGCAAACCAGCAGGAAACUGAAAUGUUCUACUUUUCAAAAUUCAAGGAGUACCUGAAUGGCAGUAACCUCAUCAUUAAACUACAGGCCAAGCAUGACUUACUGAAGCAGACACUGGGAGAAGGGGAAAGGGCGGAGUGUGGAACAACAAGGCCCCCCAUCCUUCCCCCUAAACCACAGAAAAUGCGGAAACCUAGGCCACGCUCCAUGUAUAACCAUAAGCUGUUUAACGGCAAUAUGGAGACCUUCAUCAAGGAUUCAGGUCAACCGAUUCCCCUUGUUGUUGAAAGCUGUAUCAGAUAUAUCAAUCUAUAUGGGUUGCAGCAGCAGGGAAUAUUCCGAGUGCCAGGAUCACAGGUGGAGGUCAAUGACAUUAAAAACUCAUUUGAGAGAGGUGAAGAUCCCUUGAUUGAUGACUCAAAUGAGCAUGAUAUUAACUCAGUGGCAGGAGUUCUGAAGCUGUACUUCAGGGGACUGGAGAACCCUCUUUUCCCAAAGGAGCGUUUCUUGGACUUCAUCUCUACCAUCAAGCUGGAGUCCGGAGCUGAGAGAGCACAUCACAUUCAGCAGAUCAUUGUGACCCUUCCUCGAACAGUCAUCAUUGUCAUGAGAUACCUUUUUGCCUUUCUCAAUCAUCUUUCCCAAUACAGUGAUGAGAAUAUGAUGGAUCCAUACAAUUUGGCUAUCUGCUUUGGUCCCACCCUGAUGCCCAUCCCAGAUGGCCAGGAUCCUGUGGCGUGUCAGGCACAUGUCAAUGAAGUCAUCAAGACCAUCAUAAUCCAUAAUGAGGUCAUCUUUCCAAAUCAACGUGAGCUGGAUGGACCAGUGUAUGAGAAGUGUAUGACAGGUGGAGAAGAGUACUGUGACAGCCCCCACAGUGAGCCAGGAACCAUUGAUGAGGCUGAUAAUGGUACUGAGCCGCACACCAGUGAUGAAGAAGUUGAGCAGAUUGAGGCCAUCGCUAAGUUUGACUAUUCAGGACGAAGUCCAAGAGAGCUGUCAUUCAAGAAGGGGGCCUCUCUGCUUCUGUAUCACAGAGCGUCUGAAGACUGGUGGGAGGGUCGCCAUAACGGUGUGGAUGGCCUCAUCCCCCAUCAAUAUAUUGUAGUACAAGACCUGGAUGAUGCAUUUUCAGAUAACCUCAGUCAGAAAGCAGAUAGUGAAGCUAGCAGCGGGCCGUUGCUGGAAGAAAAGGGCUCAUCCAAAAAUGACAUCCCAUCACCAUGUGAGCAGUCACCAGAUUACAACUUUGGAGGAGUCAUGGGGAGGGUCAGGUUAAGAUCUGAUGGAGCUGCAAUCCCGCGUCGUCGAGGCGGCACAGAGACCCACAGCCCAACCAGAGUGGCUGACACCCCACCGCGGGCUGCAGCCUGCCCCAGCAGCCCUCACAAGAUGUCCAUCAGCAAGGGUCGUAUGGAGAGCCCAGAAAAACGGCGCCUUGGAACCUUUGGUAGUGCCGGCAGCAUUAACUACCCAGACAGGAAGGCCUAUCCAGAGGGCCACCCGCUGAGACCAGUUCCGGGGGCCACUCGUCACAGCAGCCUGGGGGACCACAAAACACUGGAGACAGAGGCACUGGCUGAGGACAUAGAGAAGACUAUGACUACGGCACUCCAUGAGCUGCGUGAACUGGAGCGUCAAAACACAGUUAAACAGGCUCCUGACGUGGUCCUUGACACCCUAGAACCGAUGAAAAAUCCAGUUAGCUCAGAGCCUGGCAGCCCACUUCACACCAUCAUGAUCCGUGACCCAGAUGCAGCCAUGCGCCGCAGCAGCAGCUCCACCUCUGAGAUGAUGACCACCUUCAAACCUGCUCUCUCUGCCCGGCUGGCCGGAGCUCAGCUACGCCCACCACCAAUGAGACCGGUGCGCCCUCCUCCAACGCAGCACCGCUCAAGCAGCUCCAGCUCUUCGGGGGUCGGCAGCCCCGCUGUAACUCCCACUGAGAAGAUGUUUCCAAGCAACAGCACGGCGCCAGGCUCUAAUGUGAAUAUUUCUGGUGAUGGUGGUGAUAAGACUGGCACCAUGUAGCACAGGUGAAACCUGCUUGGUGAGGGAAAAGCUGAUGGGAACAAAGAUGAUGUGUGAAAAGCAGGAACAAAGUCUUUCCUCUCUACAUGACCAUGUUACUGUGGUGAUAAAGCAGCAGAAAAUGCUGUAGAGGCAUGAUGGCAGAAACCUCAGCUCUCUUCGAAACUUGACAGUAAAUGUGUUAAAGAAAAUGUUAGCUUCGGUUAUACCUCAGUUUCAACAAAAAUCUGUGGCCAUGAUCUCUUUUCAGAGAUGCAUUGAAUGCAAGUAAAGCAAUACUUGUGUAACAUUAGGUUUUUCCCAUCUUAUUCAGUCUGAUGUUUCAGUCACCCCCCCUGAUGUGGGAAAACUCUUCAUCUGGAAUGGGUUAGGUAU